AUGUGGACACACUUUACACAUAAAAGUCCACAUUCAACAAGUGAACAUAAAUAAUAUUCCAAACUCCAAAUUAUUUCAAACUCAUCCUAACCCCUCAAAAAUUAAGCGUUUUACAUUAAGCACGAACCACAGUCAGAUACGAUGGCUGAAUCGACUGUUAUUGUUGUAGGGGCCGGGCCAUCCGGGCUAGCCACUGCGGCCUGUCUAACCCAUCACUCGAUACCAUACAUCUUACUCGAAAGGGAAGAUUGUUGUGCUUCUCUAUGGAAGAAAAAGGCGUAUGAUCGCCUUCACCUACAUUUACCAAAGGAAUAUUGUGAACUUCCUCACAUGAAAAUGCCCUCCAAUUACCCAAAAUACGUCCCAAAAACAGAUUUCUUACAAUACUUGGACAACUACGUUGAUCAUUUUGGGAUCAAGCCUUUGUACAGGAGGCGCGUGGUGAGUGCCAAAUUAGAUGAAGGUACAAAGAAAUGGCGUGUCGUGACAAAGAAAGUGACCGACAAGGCGGAGUCCAACGACAACGACAACGACGAGGAGGAGGAGUAUGUUGGGAGGUAUUUGGUGGUGGCAAGUGGUGAAACAUGUGAUCCAUAUUGUCCUGAGAUUGAAGGGUUGAGUAGCUUUGAAGGGAAAGUAGUGCAUUCUACACAAUAUAGGUCUGGUAAAGAGUAUGAAGGCAAAAGUGUGUUGGUUAUUGGAGCUGGUAAUUCCGGCAUUGAAAUUGGUCUUGAUCUUGCUAAUUAUGGUGCUAAAACUUCCAUUGUUGUUAGAAGCCCUGUUCACAUAUUGUCCAAGGGAAUGGUGAACAUGGGACUAGUUCUUCUGAAGCAUUUGCCAUUAAAAUGGGUGGACAAUUUCUUGGUGCUCAUCAGUAAAAUUGUGUAUGGUGACGUGACCAAAUACGGGUUGACUAGGCCCCAAGAAGGUCCCUUCUAUUUAAAAGUUGCCUUUGGUAAAUACCCAAUUAUUGAUCAAGGGUCUUUUCAAAAGAUCAAAUCUGGUGAAAUUCAGAUUUUGCCGGCAAUCACAAGCAUAAGAGGCAAUGAUGUGUUGUUCAAGGAUGGCAGAUCGUAUGCUUUUGACUCUAUUAUUUUUGCCACUGGUUUUAAAAGGGCCACAAACCAAUGGCUCAAGGGAGAUAACUAUCUGUUGAAUGAAGAUGGAUUGUCAAAGCAAAGUUUUCCUAACAAUUGGAAGGGUAAAAAUGGAUUGUAUUGUGCUGGUCUAGCAAGAAGGGGACUCUACGGAGCUGCUAUGGAUGCUGAAAAUAUCUCUAAUGACAUCAAAAAACAUAAUUAGAUAAUUUAUGCUAUCAAAGUAAUGUUUCAUUCUAAUAAGGAAUGGUAAUCAUGUCCAAUUAGCUUAUUUAUUUUUCUGCGUGUACGUAUGUGUGUUGUCACGUACACUUGUUAUUGCUUGAUUUUGUUUAAUAGUACGUCUUUCGAAAUGUUGGAUAUUUAUAAAAUAAAUUAAAGGAAAUGAUGCCUUAUUAA